AUGAAUAUUCAAAUUGAGCUGACGGGGCCCACCUCCAGCACGCAAUUCACUCAUAUCUCCGGACCGAAGGCAUCGGGUGUCCGAGUUGAUGAUUCAGUCAUCUACCUGUUCCAAGAUAUGAAGUGCACCAAUCCCAGGAAGUCCAAUAAGAAGGUGGCUUUCUUUUGCUUCAGCAGUGAUGAGAAAUCCAUCAUUGUGGACCCAGAUAAAGAAAUUUUGAUAGAUGACAAUACUAAUUUUUUUCCACGUUUGAAAGCAAUGUUUCCUCUAGACAAAUGUUGUUAUGUCCUGAUGGAUAUUCACUAUAUUACUCAAGAAACAGGAAAAGACGAAUUGAUUUUUGUCAUGUGGGCUCCAGAGGAUGCACCUAUCAAAGAAAAGUUAAUGUUUGCAAGCUCAAAAAACUACUUAAAAGAAAAAUUUAAAGGCAUCAAGAAAUAUUGGGAGCUUCACAGUCUAGACGAACUCACCAUUGAAGCGCUUGGGGAAAAACUCACUGUGGGACAAAACUCCAAUAUUAAAUCUGUGGAGGGACACCUUUUAUAGAUAUGUAGUGCCAGUAACACACUAGGUGCUUAUAGUGGAUCUAAUCCCUUUUCGGAAAAGAA